AAAAAAAAUAUCGGUAUGUCGUGGCGCUGCAACACAGCACCGCAGCAAUGUAUUCAGUACUGAGUGGGCUCCACAAAUGGCGCCUGUAAUUGAGUACCGAACUGCAUCACGGGAUUUACUGUCCAACCCUUCUUUAUACUGGGACGACACAUUUUUGCCGGCUAGAUUGAAGACGGGAGUCUGCGCGUAACGUCAUGGUCUGUGCAGACGGAGCGUGGACAUCUUUGGCAUCUUCAGACAGCUUUGGUAUCAGAUCCGGAGAUGGCAGAAGGGCGUGGAGCCGGCAGGCGGUCUCGGGAUAUGUCCUCGGCUGCGUCUCAAGCCAGCUGCUCCUUUAAUGGCGAGAAUGUGGCUGCAGAGGGCAAUGGUGACGAGGCCGGCACCUCCUCCAUGUGGGAAGAUGAUUCAACAAACAGACGCAUGAUCAGACACCAGUACAGAGAGCUCAUUAACAAUGUGCAGCAGAAUCGAGAAGAUCUGCUGAGCCCCCACAACAACAAACUCACUGAAGCUUUAGAAGAGGCAAAUAAACUCUUUACCAAUGUACGCCAGGCUCGGGAGGCUGCCUUGGAUGCCCAGUUUCUUGUUAUAGCUACAAAUCUGGGGAAGGAAAAGGCCAGCCAGCUGCAUUCAGACAUCACAGUGUUCGACCCAGUAACUUUUGCAGAGUUUCUAUUGUCCUUCAUGGGCCUGAAUCGUCUGGAAGGAGAUGAUGAUGACGAUGAUGGGGCUGGGUUUCUUCCCAGGGAUGCUUGGCACAGACUGGGGAGGGAAGCUGAGCAAUGCUUCAGGAAGUCCCCUUCAUUCCAUUACAUGUUAGGCUCAUUUGAACCAGAUCCCCCUGCGCCUCGACAACGAAUUGAAAGACAGAGAAAAGCUCCUAACAAAGAAGAACGCAGGAUUAUGCCUACACAGCUGAAGAAAAUGGAAGAAUCCUACCAAGAAGCCACAGAGAAAGAAGUAGAGAGAAUCCUUGGGUUUCUCCAGACCUAUUUUAAAGAAGACCCACGCAAUCCAAUAUCCUACUUUGAUUUUGUCAUUGAUCCGAAUUCCUUUGCCCGUACUGUAGAAAACAUUUUCCAUGUGUCCUUUCUUGUUCGGGAUGGCCUUGCCAAGAUAGAAAUGGACCGGGACAAACUUCCAAUUAUCGUACCGACUGAUGCGAACGCAGAGACGAGUGGGAACACCCAGGGAAGAAACCAGUGUAUAGUGUCCAUAAGUCCAAAGGAAUGGCGGCGAAUGAUUGAAAUCUUUGAAAUCACGGAGCCCUUAAUCCUACCUCCUCCAACUGCUAAAGAUUGACAGCUUGGUUGUGGCUAUUAAAAAGUUGUGUCUGUGGUAAUAAGAUCUCUGUCAGCACAAUGAGGCAGGGAAGAAGCUCCUGCAGUUUUUGUAUAGGAAGUUAUUACAAUGGUUGCUAUUGUAAUGCACAACCCCCUCUCGGAUAGAUAACCACACCUGAUGUUCUGGGACUGCUUUUUCAAAACUUGUAAUUUGGAUCAAAGUGAUCCUACAUUUGGGGUUUGAGAUUACUUUUAUCUGGAUCGUUUUGAUCUGUUUUUUCAGAAAAUGUCACUGCUGGAUUACAUUUAUCCAGAUUACAAAUAAUUACGAAAUCCGGUUUCGUAAUCCCGGUCUCAAAAUAUAGGAUUACAAAAUCCGGAUCACUUUGAUCUAGAUUACAAGCUUUGAAAAACCGACCCCUUAGAUUUUGUGGUGUCCUGCUGCAGCUUUUCUGUUGAUUCCAAGUGCUUUCAACAAGUCCCACUUCAGCCAAGGAGGAGCAGUUACAUUAUUCUGUUAAUUUUAUACCUUUUACAAUGAUUGUAUCCCCCUUGACAAUUUGUCUUUGCACUUGCUUAAAAACUGGGCCUGCAGACCCAGUUUUAUUAAGGUCUUGCACCUUAAUGCAAGACCUUGAAAUAUAAAAAUGUGUAGUUACAAAACUAGCUAAAUGCAAGACCUUCUAUUUAGUAAAUAAGAAGUGUUCAUCGGUUUGUUUGUUUUUGUACAGGAUUUGUAAGCCUAACAUCUAAAACUAUUAAAAAUGUUAAUUGAGAAAUCUAUGAUAAUGACUGGUACAUAUUAGACAGCAUGAUGUGGAAAUUAGUGUCUUCUCUGACAGUACUUCAACAUUUGUGGCAAUAAAUCACACAUACCAGGCUUUUCCAGUUCCUUUGAAAUUGACUAGCAUAUAUUAACUUUCACCUCUGUAACUUGUUAUAAUUGCGAUGAUCUUUGUCAUAAAGCUCUGUGUAUUUUUCAACGGCAA